UUCUUUCUUUUUCUACAUGUUUUAGAGUGACUUUACUAUACAGUAGUCUUUUCUUGACAUUUCCUUACUAUUAUUUUCGUUAUUACCUUUGUUGUUGCUGUUGUUAUUAUUAUUUACUCACUAUCCCAGAUUAAAAUCUAUUUUAAAAAGAUGUGUAUACAGUACAUGACUGCUAGGAUCUUGUAAGAAUUUUGUUACAAGACAUUUAAAACUGUGACGACAUGGCAAGGUCAGGUUACUUUUGCCUUUAUUGCAUAAUUAUUAUUGGAAAUACAGCGCCGUCAUGAAUUAGGCUUGUGAUGAAGCACUUCUAAAAAAAUAUUUUCCUCAAAACCAACACUUCCUUUAAAAAGAAUAAGAGUGCCCCUGUGAAACAGGAUCACCCAAUGUCGACUGGACUAGUGUAAAUUACAAAGCACAUAUCCUGUGACACAUUGAGGUGCACAUUUUGGAGAGAGGAGAGUGGAGGAGACAAAGCAGGCCACUUAAAGUCCAACGAUGACAUCUAAAUUAGAUAAUCCUCCAUCCUAUGAAGACGCACUCCAACAUCCCAAGUACGAGCCCUACCACCCCCAGCAUGGUUCAGCCGACCCGCCGCCUCCGUCCUACAGUCCUGGCCCUGAUAUGUAUGCCGGCCCGCCUGGCUACUGGGACGAGGUCGGCGCAUGGGCAGCGCCUGGCCUCUCGCCAUCGGGGCUGCCCACCACAAUACCGACUCUGUCCGCCCGGGUGGCCGCGACCAACCCAAGAGAAAUGGAGGAUUUGCUAAGUUCGCAGUGGGAAAGUACAUCUGUUCGGCAUGCUUUCAUCAGAAAGGUGUACGUAAUUUUAGCAGCUCAGCUCAGUGUUACCUUUUCGGUUGUGGCAGUCUUUACAUUUGUAGAUCCGGUGAAGAUGUUUGUCAUCAGGUAUCCUGGAAUCUACUGGGCAUCCCUGGUGGUGUACUUCAUAGUUUACUGCAUUCUCAUCUGCUGUAAAGAGCCAAGGAGGCGCUUUCCAUGCAAUCUGGUGUUGUUGGGAGUAUUCACUCUGGCCCUGUCUUACGUGUCUGGAACAAUCUCAAGCUAUUACGAAACAAAAGCGGUCUUUCUCGCCGUGGGAAUAACAGCCUUGGUUUGUGUAACUGUCACAGUCUUCUGCUUUCAAACCAAGGUUGACUUCACUUCCUGCGGCGGAUUUCUCUGUAUUGCUGCCAUUCUGCUCCUCAUCAUCGGGACUGUGACAGCCAUCGUGCUCUCCUUCCACUAUGUGCCUUGGCUUCAUAUGCUCUAUGCUGCCUUUGGAGCCAUCGUUUACACCUUGUUUUUAGUAUACAACACGCAGCUUCUCAUCGGAAACCGGGAGUUGGCGAUAAGCCCAGAGGAGUACAUUUACGGCGCAUUGUCUCUCUACAUUGACAUUGUUCACAUUUUCCUCUUCAUCCUCCAAAUCAGUGGCUCUGCUACUGAAUAAACUCUGGAGAGAGCUGAACACACACACCCCGUGGAGUUUGGACUGACAUUGUUUUGUAAAGAAUAACUCAACUAUUGUAAAGAAUGUUCCAUUGCCAGGAGUGAAUGCUUUGUCGUCCUUGCUGUUUUGCCGCCAACACUCGUGCACUUUCGGCGAUUGCUUUUGUACAU